AUGGAGACCCCGCCGGCGCCUCCACCGCAGGAUGGCGAUGGCGGCAUGCCUCUCGGAGCUUCCAGCGCGGGUGGAGGCACGCCGCUCAGCUUCUCAGAUUCGUUCAUCGAUAAGCUGGCGGCGUCGCAGAUGCACAUGGUGCGCUCCGCGCGAAAGCUGAGGCUUCGCGGUCGCGAGUCGCAUCGUCGGUCGGACUCCGGCUCCAUCGCGUCGGUCGCCUCGGCGGACGACAGCGACGACGAUCCGAGCGAAUCGCUGUUUCGGGAGUUUGGCGAGGCUGCGGCGUCCGCGCAGCGCGAGCUCGCGCAGGCGGUGUCCGAGGAGGUGGAAUCGCAGCUCGCGGACAUUCUCGUGUGUCUCGGAGAGGAGGCGGCCAAGAUCGAGGUGCUCUCCGGUGCGCUCGCGCGCGUGGGGGUGGACGCGCCGGCGCUUCUCCGAGACGCGGGGCUCGCGGACGACGAAUCGGACCGUCCCGUCGUCGGCGCGAGUCUGACGGCUCCGUCAGUGAGCGCGGGCCGAACGUCCCCACCCCACGACGUUGACGUCGCGUACGCGAGGGACACGUUGGCCAACGCGGAGCGCAUAGCCGCGAGAGCCGACGCCUUUUUGCUGAAACCAAAAGGCUCGUCGACGGCUAAACCGCCAAAGCCGCCGAGGAGAAGCCGAGACUCGACGGGAAGCCUCGCGGGCGACGGCGAGGGUUCGGGGUUCAGGGUCACCGGGACGCCUCCCACGGCCGCCGCCGCCGCGUUGGACCUCGCUACCGAGAUGUCGCCCGAGGAGGAACGCGCGAGGGAUAUCGCGGGGGAGCGCGCGGAACCUGCCUCGCCGCUCGCGCCGCUCACGAGGAACAUCGUGGAGGAGUAUUACGCCAUCGGUCGAAGCACGCCGGUGUCCAGGGGCGACACCGACGACGAGGGAGUCGCGUGGGACGACGACGUCGGCGGUGGGUGGGAUGAGGACGAGCACGCGGUGAGGGCGCGGAUCGAGUCGUGGGAGGGUGAAAUCGCGCGAAGUCGGCGAACGUCGGAACCGGGAUCGGCUUCUCUCUCUUCUUCGCCGGCGCAGCGAACGCCGCACGAGAGGGCGACGGCGCGCGACCGGGAGGCGCGCGAGCGACCGCCGGAAGGACGGAGACCGGAGGUUCCGAGUGCACCGGUCGACGGGGACGGCGAGCCGCGGCGGCAGAAGAGUCGAGGGCUGAUGAUGGAGCCGGUUGGAAAGAACGGGUGGAUGCAGGUCUCGCAAAGCACAUUCUGA